GGCGCUGAGUAUUGACGUCACGAGCUGUCACUCGCAGUGUCCUUCACCCCACACACUUCUUAGCAGACAUGGCCUCCGCUAGCCGGCAGCUCGUCGCCUGUAUGUCCAGCAGCACUGCCGCCAGGAAGCUGGCCAUCAAGCAUGUCACUGUGAUCGGGGGCGGCCUGAUGGGCUCCGGGAUAGCACAGGUGGCGGCAGCAACAGGACACAUCGUAGUAUUAGUAGACCAGACUGAUGAAAUCUUGAAAAAGUCCUCCAGAAAUAUAGAGGAGAGCUUGAAGAGGGUUGCCAAGAAGAUGUUUGCAGACAAGCCUGAGGCAUCAUCUCAGUUCCUUCAAAAAACUUUAUCAAACCUAAGCACAAGCACAGACGCCGCAGCAGUAGUACACAGCACUGAUCUUGUGGUAGAGGCAAUUGUAGAAAACUUGGAAGUCAAACAUGAACUCUUCAAGAGACUGGAUAAAUUUGCCCCAGAACAUACCAUAUUUGCCAGCAACACUUCAUCCUUGCCAAUAACUGACAUCGCCAAUUGCACAACCAGACAGGACCGGUUUGGAGGCUUACAUUUCUUCAAUCCUGUCCCAAUGAUGAAGCUGGUGGAGGUCAUUAAGGCCCCUAUGACAAGCCAGACAACUUUUGACUCUCUCAUCGAUUUUAGCAAAGCACUUGGAAAGAUGCCCGUGUCAUGUAAGGACACUCCUGGCUUUAUUGUUAACCGCCUUCUGGUCCCCUACUUGAUGGAAUCAGUCCGCCUUUAUGAGCGAGGAAAUGCAUCUAAAGAAGACAUAGACAUUGCAAUGAAAUUAGGAGCUGGAUAUCCAAUGGGCCCUUUUGAACUCUUGGAUUAUGUUGGUCUCGACACUAGCAAAUUUAUCAUUGAUGGUUGGCACCAGAUGGAACCUGAAAACCCUCUCUUUGCACCCAGUGAGUUGCUUAAUAAACUGGUGGCUGAGAACAAACUGGGAAAGAAGACUGGAGAAGGUUUUUAUAAAUACAGAUAACCGGCUUACCACUCUGAAGACGUCCCUUUUUUUUAUAAGUCUUUCCGCUUGUGCCAUGGUGACUGUGACAGUUGCUGCUUGUUAACUGGCCAUUUUUACCAUAGUAGUAUUUUCUACACUCAUCAUGUCCACACUAGUGCCUUAGUGCAAAGAUUGUUUCUGUUCAGGAUAAAAAAAAUCCUUUUGUACAGACGCUUUUCAGGUGUUCAAUUGUCAUAACCAAGCCACAACCAAUAAAAAGAAUAUGGGAAUUA